AUGGGAAACUGCAUGUUUAGAGGCUUUGCUGAGGUUAACGAAGUUAUAAAGGUAGUCACAUCCAACGGUGGUGUAAUGGAGCUCUACGGUCCGAUCACCGCCGAAUGCAUCACCAACGAAUUCCCGGGCCACGGCAUUUUCCGUGGUCCUGAUCACUUCUCGCCGCGUCUCCUCCACAGCGACGAGCUAGCCAUAGGUGAAUUGUACUAUCUCCUUCCAAUCAGACACCAACGUUCCCGAAUUGCACCAGACAACGAAGGUGACACCGUCCGCAUGCAAGGGGUCCGAUCGGUUGUUGCACCGUAUCGGAUGUCAUUCGAUAACAACGGUAUCUUCAGACGGGCCGAAACGGAGGUACUUACAAGGUAUAACAAUGCCGGGGUGUGGAAGGUGAAGCUUGUUAUCAGCCCGGAGCAGUUGACGGAGAUCCUCUCGCAAGAGGCUCGGACCGAGGCCUUGAUCGAAAGCGUUCGGACGGUCGCGAAAUGCGGAAGCGGAUACCCGUCAUCAUCGAGUUCUGAUCAGUGGAGCAUGGCCAGUAGUUGGAAGGGUACGUCUGAGAACGUGGGGUAG